AUGUCAUUCUUCACGCCGUACCUUGUCCCCCAGCCGUCAGGGCCGCGAGUCGAGUAUCUCACCAUCUUCAACCCGACGCUUUCCCAUAACGACUCAGACACGGACAAAUCGCUCUUGUUGCACUACUCGCCUGGCAGAGAGUAUACAAUGGACGAAAAGUUGCGCCACAUUGGAUUAAUCCAGGGCUUGAACAGCUUCAGCUCUACGUUUGCGGCCGGCUCUCCGGUCGAGCUCGUCAAGACGGACAAGACUUGUUUGGCGAUAGUGAAGCUCCCAGACGAAUAUUUCAUGGCAAUGUGUGUCAGAUUGGCCCAAAUGGUGGACUCAAAGGGAGAAUUGGUGUAUUCUGACGCAGAAAUGCCCCCAGACUACGUGUACACGGCUAUUCUUGAGAAAGGCCACGCCUUGUUUACGCUACACCACGGAAAGAUAGCGGAUCUGACACCCACCGUUCUUGAGGGCUGGUGGUCACGCUACUUGAAAGAGUGCGUGUCAUUCUCUCGCUGGAGUUGCCACGACCGACUUCCGCACGUGAGAAAAUCAUCGACCGCGUUGCUUAACGCUACAAAGAACAGGGUGAAUGGGUUGGCAAAGCACGCAUUGGUGUUUAAUUUCGGCAAAAAAGAGCACGGAUUUGUGUACCAGGCAUCCGACUCGGUGAGCAGCGCCGACCUUUGGCGGAUCUACACCUGGCUAGAGACGGUGCACACAUCCGCCGUCUUGGCCCCAGAAAACUUGAUUGGUGACGUUCCAAUCGGAGCAAAAGCACCCGCCUUUGAUCCCACUGUUGCCGCCAAGCCGCGGAAGAAGUACGCCGGAAGCAUGUUUUCCUUUAGUCCCGUCAAGGCUAUGAACCAACUUGGCAGUCUGACCAUGAGCGUGAUGAGCACCGCCGCGAAUUUCAACCGGUGGUUUGAACCCCCAGAGGCGGUUGAAGAAGUGUCGAGCAAAGGGGCGUUUCUCGUUGGUCUCCACGAAACGUUAGACACUGACGAUCCGGAUAUGCACAAGACGAUAACCACGAAGCAGGUUUAUCUUGGAGAAGCACUUAUCAAGCACAACUUGGUUAUCUAUAGACUAGAUGACAGCGUGGUGGUGCUCGUGUACGAUGGGGAGACACAGCUACUGGUGAACUCCUUCUACACCAAACUAGAGGCGGCCCUCAUAGAGAUGUUUGACGGUGAAAUGUCAACCUCAACAGCCACCAUUUCCUCCCACAAACCUCCAAAGGUCAGUCCGUGGUCCAGCCUUGUAAAGGGAGGCAUGGAUACUCUCAGUUUGUUUAGCACGCUGGAGGCCCCGGAAGCGAGCCUUACACCUUUUUACUAUUACGUCUACAACUGUGAGACCCGCUUCCUCGAGACUUCUCUUCCGCCGAUUCCGGAAACGGACUCCACGGAACAGUACGAUAUUCUCAAGAGCGCUACCGCUGCAAAGUACGUGCACGCGUUGGUAGCGGGUAUCGUCGACAGUACCAUCUCAGAAAGGCUGCGAAAGCCCCUCAUUUCGCUUGAGGAAACAAUCGUCAAGACCGAGAAAAACUGGUUGUGUUACCACACGGUGUUUUCAGACGAGGGUGGCGACCGGUUGUUGGUGCUCCUCAAAGCUAUCCCCUGCGUCAAUCCUAUCAAACAGAUUAUCGAGGGCAACACCAGUCCGCACUUGAUUCGAAUGAUGGGACACGAAGUGCAGGUGUGGCUCGACUACUACAAACUUACAGGAGAGGUUGUGCCAUACGCUUACAAAUAGAAUUUACAGUACAACCAUAGCUAUGACUCAAGACGACUUCUUGGAGUAAAACGUAGGCUUUGAAGAUUAAUUUACACGUAUAUUACAAUAACUAUGACAGUAUGGAGAAGGAGGCCUAUUCCAUAUCUUGCUUGAUCUUUUCCAACAAAACGUUGAUUCUAGGUCCCAUCAAUGGUUGGCCGGAACGGGUCUUGACGGCCAAACGCUCGUUCUUUCUCUCUCUCUCACGUCUCUUGGUCUCGGCAACCUUCUGCAUUUUUUCAAAGUCUUUUUGCUUCUGUUCUCUCUGCAGUUCCUUGCGCUCCUUAGCGAUCUUGACCUUUUCCUGGAAGGAUAAUUGUUUUUUCGCUGGCUUUUCCUCGUCCUGGUCUCUGCGGCCCUUGACCAGGGGUUCUCUCUCU